AUGGAAAAUAAAUCAUCAACAACAGCUACAACAACUAGUAAUAAUACCAAUACCAUUGUGAAUAACGAUAAUAUUCAUAAUGGCAAUGAGACAAAGAAUUUACCAGAUACUAGCAAACCUAAUAAUUACUUAGUUUCGAAUAUUCCUCCUUUAAAUCAAGAAAGAGAAAAAAUUGUAUCGGAUAUUUUGGAUUUAUAUUCUUGCAAACCAUCUGAAGAAAAAUUCAAUCACUACUCUAAUGAUGUCAUAUUUGAAGAUCCACUCAUGUACUGUACAGGAAUCAAAAAUAUCAAAGCUCAAUUUUAUGGAAUGCCAAAACUAUUUACAAAUUCUGUAACAGAAACUCUUGAAGUCCAACAGAAUGAUUCGAAUAUACUAAAGUUUAGUUUUAAUCAAUGUUACACUUUGCCAUUACUCAAAAAAAACAAAGUACAAAAUAGUGUUGUUAUACUGGAAUUUAAUAAUGAUAAUGAUGGUCAAGGGAAGAAAAUUAAGAAACAUUCAGAUUUGUGGGAUGGGAAACCUUUGCCUGUUAAUGGUGGUGUCAUACGUAAAACUCUUGCUAAAUUAGUAUCAACUUGUAUUAAAAUUCCUGAAAGUUAA